AUGCUGAGGACCAGCAGCCAGGCAGAGGUGGUCAGCUGUCGCGCGAAGGAGCACGUCUUCUCUCAGCGGAAUGACGAGCGGGGCCGCCGCAGGUUUGUGAGCAGGUGGAGCUUGAAAUCCCUGUCCCGCGAAGGCGAAGGCGACGGCUCCUUCACGAUACGGUGCGUGCUCACCGUCAGCAAGGAGUCUCCGCUGGUGCUGCAGGGCAAGCUCGAGCCCUGGAUCGGUGACCCGACAGGCGCGGACGUCACGUUCCGCGUGGGCGGCCGGAAGUUUCCAGCGCACCGGAUCCUCCUGGCCUCGCAGUCGCCAGUCUUUAAAGCUCAGCUCUUUGGCCCCAUGGCGGAGAAGGACAUGGGGCGCGUCAAGGUCGUGGAUGUGGAGCCGACCAUCUUCCAAAUGAUGCUUCACUACGUCUAUACGGAUUCGCUGCCACCGUGCGACGACAAAGACGGGUACAGCGUCGCGACGCUGCAGCAUUUGCUGGUCGCCGCGGAUAGGUAUGGGCUGGGCAUGCUGAGGCUAAUGUGCGAGAGGGAGCUGUGUGAAAAGAUCGAUGUCAAGACUGUCAGGUCCACCUUCGCAUUGGCGAACCAGCACAACUGCGAGCAGCUCAAGAGUGAUUGCCUGUGGUUUAUGUCAUCGCCAAAAGUCCUUGGCGCCGUCUUAGAGACCGAGGGGUUCAAGGAGCACUUCAUGCCAAGUUGCCGCCCAAUGGCUUUGGAGGAGGGAGCUUCAGGGAAAAAAUGUAGACGUCGAGAGGAAAAAAUUGAUCCAAACAAGAAAAAGAUCAAAAAGAUCCGUACAAAGCAGUGA